GUGCCAGUGUCCUUCCGCUGCUGGCGGAGGGAUCUGCAUUACAGGGGGGAGGGGGUCUACACCCGGGCGCUGCCCUAUUUCCUCGGCUUCUCCCGGCUGGCGGAGCUCAGAUUAUCUCCGGCCGUGACGGAGCCGCUUCAUCCCCGAUACCGGCUACCCUCAUCCCUACCCCAGCAGCACCGGUAUACCUUUCUGUCGCCCCUGUCGGUGUCCCCCCCACUGAAGAUGUCCGGCUGGCAGGAUUACGUGGAUAUGCUGAUGGCCGAUGGCAGCUGCCAGGAGGCCGCCAUUGUCGGUUACGUGGACGCCAAAUACGUCUGGGCAACAACCCCCGGGGGCUUCUUUCAGACCUUGACGCCUGCAGAAAUCGAUGUUCUGAUAGGAAAGGACAGAGAAGGAUUCUUCACUAAUGGUCUAACUGUUGGAGGAAAGAAAUGCUCGGUGAUCAGAGACAGCCUGUAUAUUGAAAAUGAUUACACAAUGGAUAUCAGGACAAAAAGUCAAGGCGGAGAACCAACAUACAACAUUGCUGUAGGGAGAGCUGUCAGAGUCUUGGUCUUCGCAAUGGGCAAAGAAGGAGUCCACGGAGGCGGCUUGAAUAAAAAGGCAUUCGCAAUGGUGAAAUACUUGAGAGAUAUGGGAUUCUAGCUUUUAGGCCAACUUACAUUCUAGGGGAAAACAGACAAACAUUGCUACUAAACUUUCCUGCGUGAACAAAGCAUUCUUUAUCUGGAAAUGUUAUUAGCAAUACAAUGGGGUGAUGGGGGAUGAUCCUGUGUCUCCUUUGUAUCCCUAUUUUGGUGGGGAAAGUUGUUGUCUUUCAUUUUUUUUUGUUUUCUUUUAAAUUUUUUGUGUUUUUAAGCAAUUGAUUUUUCAUGCAAAUUGUGUCCAUAAGAGGACAACCCAACAAGAUGUUUUUGUUGACUGCUUUUACCCUCCUCGAAGGCUUUACUACUGAGCAGCAUCUCCUGCCGGCUAUGUCUUUCCAUUGCAUCUCGUCUGUCCAUCAGACUGUAGAUUAUAGUUACAGUUUGUCUUUCAUUUAACCAUAUUUUUUUUCUUGUUAGCGUGACAAUAUUUCUGUACCACCCGUUGCAGUCCCGUAAUGUGAAACGCGUGGCUUUUCAGUGUUAUGUACGCAUAGGCUGGUAAUCCAUAUCUGUUGGUAUACUGAGUGUCCGACCCAUAUGUUAACAUUGUGUUUAGAAGUCAGGUGGUAAAAGGGUGGGUGCUUAGCCCAGUUUUAGUACAUUGAAUGUGCACCUUGCCACAAACUGUACCUCAAUUAAAGCCGUUUGAAUCUGUACUCGUCUAAAGUACAAAGUAGUUGCCUCACUUUAAAAGCAGAUUGCAUUGUAACUUAAACCCAGUUUGCCAUCAGAUAGUCUUAGUUUGUGCUGUUCUACUACCAGCACAAGUCUUGCAGCACAUGCUGGUGUUGUCCUGUACAAAGUCAGGGCUUAGUAUAUGAAGUAGAGGCCUAAUGACUUAGGUCAGCAGGACUGCAGCAAGGCAUGGGCAGCAGCUAGAAGAAGAAGAAUGGUGCACAAGAAAACACUAAGCAUGAUGCAGAUUUGUACAUCCGUUGGAUCGAUGCGUUUUGAGCGGUUUGAGCAUAUAUACAGCUCAACUUAGUCUUCCUUUGCUCAAACACAGGUGGAGAUCGCUACUUACAAUAGGAAACACUAGCGCCACGUUUUGCUACUCUAAAGUUAUUGUAAAGCAAUUUUACCUGUUUUAUUUGUCUUCUGAAUUUUCCCUCCUGUAUGUAAACAUGACUGCAGACUACAGUGCCACAAGACUUCUGCUUUGGCAUUGAUCUGCUCGGAAGGACACGCUUGUGCGUUUUUAGUGCAAUAACGUAAAUAAUAUCAUCUUUCUCCGACACUAGAGUGUAUGCCAAAUCCUUUUUUUUUUUUUUUAAAUAAAAGUUU